GCGCGUGCGUGCAGGUAGACGAGCAGGGCUUUGAGCCGCGCAUCGCUGCACGAGACAUACUCUCGCGCACACAGAGAACCCGCGCGACCUGCUGCAGGAGAAGGAGCCAAGUUUUCCUCCACCGCUGUCCACGGCUUUUAAGGUAUGAAGACCCCUCUGAGCCCCCCUCAACUGAUGGAGAACAGUCCGCCCUAUUUCCCUCUGCAAGGCUGCGUAGAGCAGGACGGGUUUAGCUGCCUGGCCGACGCUCAGACGCAGGAGAGGAAGAAGCUGCUGUUUUCACUCUGCGAGGUCUGCAACAUCCAGCUGAACUCGGCCGCUCAGGCCGAGAUCCACUACAACGGGAAAUCCCACCUGCGCAGGGUCAAACAGCUCAACAACGGAGAGGUCCCACAGCCCAGCACCAGCGGCCCUCCACCGCUGCCCACCAGCAGCAGCAGCAGCAGCAACAACACAGGAAGUUCCUGCCACAGUAACACUCUCCCGGCUCUGGUGCGGACGCCUCCUCUGAUGAUGCAGUCCGCUUUAGACCUCAAGCCCUUCAUCCCGUUCCCUGUGGACAGCAGCUCUACACCCGUCGGCCUGUUUGCCAACUUCAACACGAUGGAUCCCGUCCAGAAAGCUGUAAUCAACCACACAUUCGGAGUCUCUGUCCCGCCCAAGAAAAAGCAAGUGAUUUCGUGCAACAUCUGCCAGCUCCGCUUUAACUCCGACAGCCAAGCCGAGGCGCACUACAAAGGCAGUAAACAUGCCAAGAAGCUCAAAGCACAAGAGUCCACGAAAAAUAAGCAGAAAGGCGGCGGCGGCGGCGGCGGCGCCCCGGAGAGCGGCGCAAAGCCGGCCAGCACCGGCCCCGUCCCGUCCAGCACUGACAGCAGCACUGAGCAAUCAGAGAAAAGUACAGAGGUUUCAUGCAUGCUCAAAGCCCAUGAUUCCCCGCAAGCCUUCAUGUCCACACCGGCUGUGUCGUCCAGUCUCUGUAAGGCAGUCCCCGUUCCCUGUAGUCCACCUGCAGAACCCGCUGGUCAGUCAGCGGCGCCCGCCCUGAAGAGUGCCCCCAAACAGGCCAGCCAGCCAGAAGCCAGCCUACAGGAGUCUGAGGAGGAGAAAGCCAAGAAGCUGCUGUACUGCUCGCUCUGUAAAGUGGCCGUCAACUCGCUCUCACAGCUGGAGGCUCACAACACAGGUUCGAAGCACAAAACCAUGCUGGAGGCACGGAAUGGGGCCGGUCCCAUUAAGGCCUACCCUAGGCCUGGGUCCAAACUCAAAAUGCAGGCCAAUGUCCUCAAAGGCUCGGGCUUGCAGAACAAGACGUUCCACUGCGAAAUCUGCGACGUUCACGUCAAUUCAGAAAUCCAGCUCAAACAGCACAUCUCCAGCAGGAGGCACAAGGACCGGGUGGCAGGCAAACCCUUGAAGCCCAAAUACAGCCCGUACAACAAACAGCAGCGCGGCUCCAGCGCCUUGGCGGCUAAGCUGGCGCUGCAGAAGGACAUGGUGAAGCCCAUUUCUCCGGCCUUCAUCUCCACCCCAUUCUCCCCCAGCACGAUGCAGUCCAUCUCUCUGCAUCCACGCCCCAACACCUCCAUCUUUCAGACAGCCGCCCUGCAGCCCUCCUUCCUGCGGGCAGCUCCGGGACCCAUCCGGCCCUCCACCAGCUCCAUCCUCUUCGCCCCGUACUGACCCCCACCCUGGCCACGUUGCUGCAACCACAGUAACGACCGUGAGGUGGCUGGCUGGGGCCAGUGAGAGACUGUUCCUCUGAACCCCACAGCCCAAGCAUAGGGGCUACGCAGCGCCACCUACAGGAUUACGGUCAGGCUGAAGGAACUACAGGGCCUGAAGAGGAAAGAUGUGUUUGUUUAACCCCUUAAACUAUAGGCUCAUGUUACAGCUACUAACCUUAAAGAAAUACUUGAGCAUUUUUCAGUCUAAUCUCAAUCUGCUGCAUCUCUACUGUACAGACAGUUUCCAUGGACUACCAUUCAAAUGCAGUUCCAUUUGUAUUUGAAGUCACUGGAGAGUUUCAAUUCCCAGGAGAAGUUCUUGAAAUAUAUGACUAUUAGGGAUGAGCGUCUCAGUCAAGCUUGAUACCAUUUAAUUUGCAUUGUACCCUGUUUUCAUUUAUCACCUCCCACUUAUCAAACAGAACAUUCAGUUAUUAUAGAGACCCUCACUAAUGCAGUGUUUCACUCAAAACCACAUUACAGUACAGCAGUAAACUGCUUUCCAGUUCACUUCGACUUUAACGCUACAAAAAUACAAGAUCGUUGUUUUUCACGAAACUGCCAAUGACGUGCACUGCCACUCAGAGACCUCCAGCACUGCUCAGUGUCUCUAAACAUCUAUUACUGCAUCACAUUAAAUCCAGAACCGGACCACAGUAAUCUGUAGUAGAUGGAUAUGGCUUGAAAUCAACACCAAGAAAUCCGUCUGAAGUCUUUAAGAUAUCCAGACAAAUGCUAAUGUAACUAUCCUAAUGUCACAUAACUUAUUUCAGCAUAAUUUAGUGUGAGGUGUUCGUUUGCCUGAAAUAGUCACUAAUUAUGUUGAAAGUCUUGAGUCAGUAAAUCUACACAAGUCGAGUGCAAAGUCGAGUUUCUAUUCCUGCAAUAGCAGCACUGCACUUCUCGUCCUUCAGGCGGCUGCAGUAGUCUUUCUUUCUUUGCUUCCCUCUUUGGACUAAACAGAUUAGAACCGCAGAACAAAAUGCAAGAUACAGGCUCUGCACUGUCCUCUGCUGGAGUAUAGGGUUUAGACAUCUCAUGGUUCUCAUGGUAUGAGAAUGCAUGACAUUAGAGAGAAACUUUCCUAAUUAAUUUCUUGAUUUUUAGGCCUUCAUGUCUAUUCAGAAGUUCUGCCUCAUUGCUAAUGAACGUAUAAUGAGGCACACAUGACAGAACAUCUUACCAAAGUUCUUCGCAACUUUUAUCCAGCUUUUAAACAUUGGAUAAAUGUAGUGUAAAAAGCAGUUCAGUUGAUUUUUGCUUUCUCUGAGGCUUUCUGGUGUACGUGGUGAUCAGACACAACUUGUAAAAACUCCUCCCACACUGCUGCACUCAGGCAGAUCAUAGUAGUUAACUUAAUCAGCAGUUUACUAAGUCAGUUGCCCAAGUCUUCCCAAUCUUGCUGUUUUCUAGCUAAAAGUUAUGAGGUAAAAUUAGUUACCAUGCAACUGGGCUCAUUAUGACAACUAUAAUUAUAAUUAUAAUAAAUGUUAUAAUUCUUAUUUCUGGAAAAUCAGUCCCAUCUCUAAAAGAAUGACUUGGCGAUAUUUAGAAUUGUCCAUCAACUCUCCAUUGGCUUCUAUUAUAAGCAAGUUUAGAUACAACACGUUUUGCUUUUUUCUUUUUUCUAAGUAAACGAAUUGAAUUGUUUUUUUCUCAGACAGUACAGAUGUGGCAGAUGGAGAUCAGAUUAAGAAUGCCUGUAACGUUCCUUUAAGACUUACUACCCCAAGGCUACUAUGAACUAUUCAGCCACAACUGAUACAUUUCAGAGUUAUGAGGGUGAGGAGUGGAAGUUUGGACUCGUCCAUGGCUUCUUAGAGUUUAAGGGGUUAAACAGAACCAAAAGAAAAACAUCCUUCUGUGGAAUGGUUUAAGUCCUCGUGAGCUGCUGGAGGGAGCACAUUUGGAUUUUCAUGGAAGGAAUUAAAAAAAAAAAGUGUUUGAACUGCUUCCUGAUUGACUUGAAUGAUCAUGGUCUUCCUUUUCAACUGAACAGACGAUUCCAGAUUCAUACAAACACAAAC